GCGGCGGCCAGGAUCAUGUCUGGUCGCCGCUGCGCCGGCGGGGGCGCGGCCAGCGCGAGCGCGGUGGCCGAGGCCGUCGAGCCGUGCGCCCGCGAGCUGUUCGAGGCUUGCCGCAACGGGGACGUGGAGCGAGUGAAGAGGCUGGUGACGCCCGAGAAGGUGAACAGCCGCGACACGGCGGGCAGGAAGUCCACCCCGCUGCACUUCGCCGCAGGCUUUGGACGGAAGGAUGUAGUUGAGUAUCUGCUUCAGAAUGGUGCAAAUGUGCAAGCACGUGAUGAUGGAGGGCUUAUUCCUCUUCAUAACGCAUGCUCUUUUGGUCAUGCUGAAGUAGUCAAUCUUCUGUUGCAACAUGGUGCAGACCCAAAUGCUCGAGAUAAUUGGAAUUAUACUCCUCUCCAUGAAGCUGCAAUUAAAGGAAAAAUUGAUGUUUGCAUUGUGCUUUUACAGCAUGGAGCUGAGGCAACCAUCCGAAAUACAGACGGAAGGACAGCGUUGGAUUUAGCAGACCCAUCCGCCAAAGCUGUUCUGACUGGUGACUAUAAGAAAGAUGAACUCUUGGAAAGUGCCAGGAGUGGGAAUGAGGAAAAAAUGAUGGCUCUGCUUACACCAUUGAAUGUCAACUGCCAUGCAAGUGAUGGCAGAAAGUCAACUCCAUUGCACUUGGCAGCAGGAUACAACAGAGUAAAGAUUGUACAACUGUUACUGCAACAUGGAGCUGAUGUCCACGCUAAAGAUAAAGGUGACCUGGUACCAUUACACAAUGCCUGUUCUUAUGGUCAUUAUGAAGUAACUGAACUUCUGGUCAAGCAUGGUGCCUGUGUAAAUGCAAUGGACUUGUGGCAAUUCACGCCCCUUCAUGAGGCAGCUUCUAAGAACAGGGUUGAAGUGUGUUCUCUUCUCCUGAGUUACGGAGCAGAUCCAACAUUGCUGAACUGUCACAAUAAAAGUGCUAUAGACUUGGCUCCCACACCACAAUUGAAGGAAAGAUUAUCGUAUGAAUUUAAAGGCCAUUCAUUGCUGCAAGCUGCACGGGAAGCUGAUGUUACAAGAAUCAAAAAACAUCUUUCUCUGGAAAUGGUGAAUUUCAAACAUCCUCAAACACAUGAAACAGCUUUGCAUUGUGCUGCUGCCUCUCCAUAUCCUAAAAGAAAGCAAAUAUGUGAGCUGCUGCUAAGAAAGGGAGCGAACACCAACGAAAAGACUAAAGAGUUCUUGACUCCGCUGCACGUGGCUUCUGAGAAAGCUCACAAUGAUGUCGUUGAAGUAGUGGUGAAACAUGAAGCAAAGGUUAAUGCUUUGGACAGUCUUGGGCAGACGUCAUUACACAGAGCUGCACACUGUGGUCAUCUGCAGACCUGCCGCCUGCUCCUGAGCUAUGGGUGUGAUCCGAACAUUAUAUCCCUCCAGGGUUUCACCGCCUUGCAGAUGGGAAAUGAAAAUGUGCAGCAGCUGCUUCAAGAGGGCAUCUCAGUAGGUCACUCAGAGGCAGACAGACAGCUGCUGGAGGCUGCAAAAGCUGGCGAUGUAGAAACUGUAAAGAAACUCUGUACUGUUCAGAGUGUCAACUGUAGAGACAUUGAAGGACGCCAGUCAACACCUCUCCAUUUUGCAGCUGGGUACAACAGGGUCUCUGUGGUGGAAUACCUGCUGCAGCAUGGAGCUGAUGUGCAUGCCAAAGAUAAAGGAGGCCUUGUCCCUUUGCACAAUGCAUGUUCUUAUGGGCACUAUGAAGUUGCAGAGCUUCUUGUCAAGCAUGGAGCAGUAGUUAAUGUAGCUGACUUGUGGAAGUUCACACCUUUACAUGAAGCUGCAGCAAAAGGAAAAUACGAAAUAUGCAAACUUCUGCUCCAGCAUGGUGCAGAUCCUACAAAGAAAAACAGAGAUGGGAAUACUCCUCUGGAUCUUGUCAAAGAUGGAGACACAGAUAUCCAAGAUCUGCUUAGAGGUGACGCUGCUUUGCUGGAUGCUGCCAAGAAGGGUUGUUUAGCCAGAGUAAAGAAACUGUCCUCACCUGAUAAUGUAAACUGCCGUGACACCCAAGGUCGGCAUUCUACACCUUUGCACUUAGCAGCUGGUUACAAUAAUUUGGAAGUUGCAGAGUAUUUGUUGCAAAAUGGAGCCGAUGUGAAUGCCCAGGACAAAGGAGGACUAAUCCCGUUACACAAUGCAGCAUCGUAUGGGCAUGUAGACGUAGCAGCUUUACUGAUAAAGUACAAUGCGUGUGUCAAUGCCACGGACAAAUGGGCUUUCACACCGUUACAUGAAGCAGCCCAAAAGGGACGGACACAGCUUUGUGCUUUAUUGUUGGCCCAUGGAGCUGAUCCUACUCUUAAAAAUCAAGAAGGACAAACACCUUUAGAUUUAGUUUCAGCAGAUGAUGUCAGCGCUCUCUUGACAGCAGCCAUGCCGCCCUCUGCACUACCCUCAUGCUAUAAACCUCAAGUGCUCAACGGUGUGAGGAGCCCCGGAGCCGCUGCAGAUGCUCUGGCUUCAGGGCCAUCCAGUCCGUCAAGCCUUUCUGCAGCCAGCAGUCUCGACAACUUGUCUGGGAGUUUUUCUGAACUGUCUUCAGUAGUUAGUUCAAGUACAACAGAAGGUGCUGCCAGUUUGGAAAGAAAAGAGGACUCAGGAGGAGAUUUCAGUAUAACUCAGUUCAUAAGGAAUCUUGGACUUGAGCACUUAAUGGAUAUAUUUGAGCGAGAACAGAUCACCUUGGAUGUGCUAGUUGAGAUGGGGCACAAAGAACUGAAAGAGAUUGGAAUCAAUGCUUAUGGACAUCGACACAAGCUAAUUAAAGGGGUUGAAAGACUGAUCUCUGGACAACAAGGUCUUAAUCCAUACUUAACUCUAAACAACUCUGGUAGUGGAACAAUUCUCAUAGAUCUGUCUCCUGAUGAUAAAGAAUUUCAGUCCGUGGAAGAGGAGAUGCAAAGUACUGUCCGAGAACACAGAGAUGGAGGUCACGCAGGUGGCAUCUUCAACAGAUACAAUAUUCUCAAGAUUCAGAAGGUUUGCAACAAGAAAUUGUGGGAAAGAUACACACACCGAAGAAAAGAAGUUUCUGAAGAAAACCACAACCAUGCAAAUGAAAGGAUGUUAUUUCAUGGGUCUCCUUUUGUGAAUGCAAUUAUCCAUAAGGGAUUUGAUGAAAGGCAUGCAUACAUAGGUGGCAUGUUUGGAGCUGGAAUUUAUUUUGCUGAAAACUCUUCCAAAAGCAAUCAAUAUGUGUAUGGAAUUGGAGGUGGCACUGGAUGUCCAAUUCACAAAGACAGAUCUUGUUACGUUUGCCACAGGCAGCUGCUCUUUUGCCGAGUGACCUUAGGAAAGUCUUUCCUACAGUUCAGUGCAAUGAAAAUGGCACAUUCUCCUCCCGGCCAUCACUCAGUCACUGGCCGGCCCAGUGUAAAUGGCCUAGCGUUAGCCGAAUAUGUUAUUUACAGAGGAGAACAGGCUUAUCCUGAAUAUUUAAUUACUUAUCAGAUUGUAAGACCUGAAGGUCUGGUUGACGGCUGAAACCAGUUCCACCAGACCUAACGUUCUGAAGCAGCUGAUGGCCUCCUAAGUUUCACUCCUUGGCUGGGAAAAAUUCAUCCUGACUACAGGCCUGUGGCAAAAACGACACAAAAUGUGAAAGAAGCUUAACAUUCUGACUUGAUAAAGCUUUAAUGAUGUACAGUGUUUCUAAGUAUUUUCUGUUUUCAGCACUUUAACAGAUGCCAUUCCAGGUUCAACUGGGUUUGUCUGUGCUAAAUUAUAAACAGUUAACUUGAAUCUUUUAUACAUUGUGUAUUGAUUCUAACAAAAAUGGUAAUGCCCUUGAGAGAACUCAUUUUACUAAUCAGUACUGUGUUCUUUAAAACACAGCAUUUACACUGAAUACAGUUUCAUUUGUAAAAUGUAAAUAAGAGCUUUUGUACUAGCCCAAUAUUUAUUUACAUUGCUUUGUACUAUAAAGUGUCCUAGGGCUGCAGCGGUUUACAGAGUAUUUUCCUAGUGUUGUUCAUCUGUGUUUCAUCUGUCGUUGCCUGAGUGAUCGCUGCAUUUGAUUCGGGGGGCUAGCUACUCAGCUGCUAAUGGAGACUUAGUGGGGAGACAUUGACUUACCAAAUUUAAUUUGCUGAUGGAAGCAUUUCUCUCUCAAAAGAAAUCUUGCUCGUGUAAGAAUUAUAUAUAUACUCUGGGAAUUUAAUUGAGGAUGUCUUUGUAUCUACAAGGCACACGUUCUAGAGAGCUCUGGUGUGAAAUGAUGGGGACUGGUGGCCAAAGAAGUUUCUUCAGUGGUCUUAAACUCUGGGACUUGCUUCAGAGAGGCCCCUGAUGUUCUGAACGUCAGAGCAGAGCUUCCUCCAGGUUGUCAAGAGGCUGAGCCCUAGCUCCUAAACACGUAGUGCUUGGGUUGUGGAGUGGAAGUUAAGCUUUAGACAUGGGAAAAGCAAUCCUUCCAUCUAAAAUGGAGGAACAGCAAGUGGGUAGCUUUUUUAUUUUAAGUUUUUCUUGAUCUUAUGACUGUAUGUAUAGCCAAUCUGUUCAUCACCAGUAGACACAACCUAGAUCCAUAAAUAUGAGUGUAUUCAUCUGUAGGCAGCCUCUGGAAUGGGCAAGCCCAGUACUUCCUCUUACUGUCAA